UUCUUUCAUCUUCCAGCUUGCACUUCUCGGCGGGUCAUCCAAUCCGACGGUCCAAGAGAGGGGACAAAGAUCGGACGGUCGGUUCUUUUUCGUUGCGUUUCUUCCUCAUCAACCCGCGCAAUUCAGAAGUUUGCACUUUUCAUUUUCCAAUCCACCAUGAAUCAGAAGGCUAAUGUUUCCAAGGAGCUCAAUGAUAAGCACAGAAAGAUUCUGGAGGGACUGCUUAAAUUGCCAGAAAACAGACAAUGUGCAGAUUGCAAAGCCAAAGGUCCUCGAUGGGCAAGUGUGAAUCUGGGAAUCUUUAUAUGCAUGCAGUGCUCUGGUAUCCACAGAAGUCUUGGGGUGCACAUAACAAAGGUUAGAUCAGCUACACUAGACACAUGGCUUCCUGAACAAGUAGCAUUUAUUCAAUCGAUGGGAAAUGAGAAGGCAAAUAGUUACUGGGAAGCAACGCUGCCACCGAACUAUGACAGAGUUGGUACUGAGACUUUCAUUCGUGCAAAGUAUGAAGAUAAGAGGUGGGCUUGUAAGGACAGAAAACCAGAAUCACCUUCCAAGAUGCGAGAAGUGAAGGCUCCACUAUCCAGUGAUAGAAGUGGGCAUGGAUAUGCAAGCAACUCUAGGCUUUCAUCUUAUGAAAGGAAAAAUGUUCAAGCUCCCAACAAAAGGCAUGAUGGCCCUGCUACUAUAGUUCGUCUACCCAUGCCGCCUAAAGAGCAUGUUGCUCCUGUUCAAUUGGCACCACAAACAAGCCAGAAUGCAGAGCCACUGGCAACCUCGGUAUCUGCAAAGCAAGUUGUACAACCUGCCAGUGCUCCUGAUUUUUUUGAUAUGUUUUCUAUGGAUGGUCCGGGUGAAAAUAGCUUAGUGACAGCUACUGUGAAUGAUGAUGGAUGGGCAAAGUUUCCAUCUGCUGGAGAAGCGACACCAACAGAAAAAACUAUGAUAAUAGGAUCUGAUAAUAUCAAGCGAAAAUCCACUUCUGGAUGUGAAGAUUUAUUCAAGGAUUGUACGCCAGUUGCACCCGAUUCCUUGGUAGAGAAAACAACUGGGGCAGUGAUAUCUGAUAAUAUUAAGCCAUCACAAUCCAUUUCUGGCAUUGAAGAUUUAUUCAAGGAUUUUACACCUGUUACAAAUGGUUCCUUGUCAGAGAAACCCCCGAAAAAUGUCAAGAGCGACAUUUUGAGCCUUUUUGACCAGUCGAAUAUGGUGUCACCAUUUCCUAUGCAUCAACAGUCUGUUCUAAUUCCUGGCGGUGCGCAACAAGUGCCAAACAACGCCAAUUUACCAAACCAAAGUUCACAGACUUUUUAUUCCCCGUUCCCUGGAAAUGUGAUGCCUGCUGCUACAAAGAACGAGCAAGACAAAUAUAUGCAGGAGAUGGGUAAUACAGGGGCAAGAAAUUCUGUUGAGAACCAUAGUGCUUCUUCAACAUCUAGUGGCCAAGCUGCGGGGCAAAAUUCUUGCACUAACAGUGCAGUGCAUUGUGGAUCAAGCAAGCAGGAGGCAUUCCCACCAUCUUCCACUUCUGCAGAUUCUGCUAAAGAUUAUGAUCACUUUUCCUUUCUGACACAAAGCAUUCUUUCGAAACAACGCUGAAAAGCUCAAAGAAAUGUUCUCCAUGGUAGUCUACAGAUGAAUAGCUUUAGAAGGUUCACUCUCCAGGCUUUUAAGGUUUUUCCUGUGAGAUUGUGAACUCAUUUGUGUCUCAUCUCUGUGGACCAAUAAGUAUUUUAGAUCAGAUUUCACUUUUUUUUUUCUCCACUUGGAUGUUGAUUAUGAAGAUGCCAUAUUAAGGUAAUUGAUCAACAGUACAUAUUAUUAUAUAUUUAAUAUUUAAUACUCAUAAAUGUGUAAAUUAUACCAAGAGUCUUGUUUUUUUUUUUU